AUGCUAACAAAGUACUUCACGAAAGUUGUUGUCAGAUUUAAUCCAUUUGGAAAAGAAGCAAAAUGUGCUCGUUUGCUUCUAAGCGCUAUACCACCUGCUCAGCGCAUCAGCGGUGUUACCAUUCAAAAUGAGCUCCUUACAGCAGAAUCAACUAAAAAGCCGAUCGUAAAAAUUACGUUCAAAGACAAGACUGAGAUGGAAGCCGACCCUAGCACUUUAAACUUCAAGGAACUGGGCAAUCAUUUUGAUAGGCACUCCCGUAAACUGAGCCUGAAGGAAAGCAUAGAAUCUCAAUAG